CGCUACCUUAAGCACAACCUAAAGGCAUAAUUGAGAAGAACUUUUUGGACUAGCUCACAAAUAUGAAACUCCCAUUCAACCCAUGAAUCCAUUAUAUGUGUUUAUGGUCAUGAAAGAAUAUAGCCUAUAGGCAUUAUUCCAAUCAAUUGCAAAAGAUAUAGUAUAAUGUCCAUGAUUAAAACGUUAAAUUGGAAAUGAUGUUUGGAUUGUACGGUGGGUUCUUUCAUUGUGGUUCACUUACUAUUCUCCAAAUGAAAAAUUGAGCUCCUUUAUUUGUCUCCGAUGAGGCACACCAUUGUCACGAGCCACCGUUCCAUCACCUCCACUACAUGUUGUCGUCAUCUUUGUGAGAUCCUUGUCCAAAUCUCUUUCCUCGGCAUCUUGUUCUCGCACAGGUGCUCUGUGAAGGAGGAAAGAGACUGGAGCGGUGACGUAGGCAUGUCGGACUGGGCUGUGGAAUAUUUUGUGUGGGUCUAUGUUUUAUUUGCCUAAAUCUCAUACAUCAUCCAGAGUUAUUCGGGUCAAACCAUCUGGUCAGACCUAUUUUGAAAACCUUAGCUUGGAGGACACACAUUAGUUUACAACAACAUUAAACGUAGUGCUCGGCAAUAUAGAAAAUCGAAGGUGAAAUUCGUUGCAAUAGUCAUUUUGACUUCGCGUGUAACAUUUCCAACACCAUUGUCACCAAUAGAAGCCUCAUAUGCAGUCAUGCAACUUACAUAUUUUUACAGCUAAUAAAAAUAUUUAUUUAUAGACUUUGUUUUAGUCAUAAUAUUUAUUCAUAGUCUAUAUAAUAUUGUUUGACAUGGGCUUGGAACCAGGACUAGCCCACAAGAAAUUCACACUAAAAUGGGCCUUGAUGUGCAAUUGCAUGAUCCAUCUUUUGUUUUCCUACGCAUGAUAGUACAGUUCUGCAGUGACGUCUCCUGUCAUUUCAGUCUCAGAGCGUCAGUUUCUGUCAACUUUGCUUCUUCUUCACGUGUUGCUUCUAAGAUCACCCACUUGUGCUUGCUUGCAGUGUUGAAAUGGCUGAGUAUCCAUAUGGUUCAAGAGCUUACCACGGGAAUUCCUCAUCAGGGGCCAGGCAAUAUAAUACUAAUCUUUCUUGUAUCCUUGAGUUUGAUGGUGCUUCCAGAGGAAAUCCUGGACCGGCUGGUGCCGGAGCUGUGCUGCGUGCUAAAGAUGGGAGCAAGGUCUAUCGGUUGCGUGAAGGAGUUGGCAUUCAAACAAACAACUUUGCUGAAUAUCGAGGUUUAAUUUUAGGACUAAAACAUGCUAUCCAGGAAGGAUACGAGCACAUUGAUGUCAAAGGAGACUCCAUGCUUGUUUGCAACCAGGUUCAAGGUGUUUGGAGAAUCAACAAUCAGAAUAUGGCUUAUUUGUGUAAUGAAGUGAAGGAGCUGAGGAAUAGGUUUCUAUCAUUCAAGAUUAGUCAUAUUCCUAGGGAAUAUAACUAUGAAGCUGAUGUUGAAGCAAAUCUAGGCGUAAAUCUCCGAGCUGGUCAAGUUGAAAAGAACGUGAGAUUCCUUAAUGGAUGACUGGCAGUAUCAAGCAUUAUCAGUUUCCUUUUGCUUUCAGCUAUUGGAAAUUUGGAUGCUGUAACAAAGAAGCCAGUUAAAUUUCUAACUAAAUAUGUUUUAUGCCACUCUUUUUCUUGUGUUGGCUCUCUCUAAUUCAGCCGUUUGGAUCAAUUACUGUUAGCCGUUUUGUCUGUUUGACUAUGCAUAUCGUGUAGAUGCUCACGAUUGGGGGACUAAAAAUAGUACUGCUGUUAUGUUUGGAUGGCAUUGCCUCAGCUAAUGCAAGACCUUAUUAUAAGUAUAUGUGGAGUCCUUCAGUCGUUUUGAAUUAAGACUUAGACUCAAGCUAUUUAGUGUUGCAUGUUCUUAAACUAAAAUUGUGAAAAUUGUUAUAGAAAAGUGAUUCAAAGAAAGUCAUUUUUUGUUGUUGAGGAUGAGCAGGUAAAUGCCGUCACAAUUGGGGACUGCCUGUUAAGCCUUCAAAUAUUUAUUGUUGAGUGUUGACAAGGUUGAUUAGGUACGGCUAAUGGAUGAGUUGAUUGAGAUAUUUGGUUGUAUUUUUUUAGAAAAUAAGAACAAGUACGCUUUGGAAUUUUGUGAUUAUCACUUGCUGCAUAGUCUCUCCAUUUUGUGACAAUUUAUUCAUAAAUAAAACUCCUUAUUUGAAAUUGUUUAUUAGUUUUUCUUUAUGAUAUUAAUUUUCUAUUAGAAUUUGUCUUGUAAUUGUUAUUUU